GCGAGAAUUAUCUAAUAUUUGCUACCAGUGGCCACUUGCAGGAAUUAAAAAAAUCAGGCAUGUAUAAUUUAGGAGUAAACUUAGAAAAUUUCAAACCUACUUACGAAAUAAUUCCAGGAAAAGAAAAUCUUAUUACUUCUCGAAAACAAUACCUAAAAAGAGAAAAAAUUUCCACAAUCUAUCUAGCCACCGAUCCAGAUCGCGAAGGUGAAGCUAUCGCUCAAGAAGUAGUUUUACUGUUGGAAUUAAAGUCAGAGCAGUACCGGCGUCUACUUUUUUACGAAAUAACUCCCCACAAUAUCAACGAAGCUUUAAAUAAGCCAUCAGAAGUAAAUGAAAAUUUAGUAGAAGCCCAAGUUUCUCGACAAGUACUAGACAGAAUGAUUGGUUUUUGCCUUAGUUCCAUUCUCCAAAAGACCAACCAACUUACUUAUUCAGAAAUAGAAAAAAUAGUUUCAGCAGCCCAAUCUAUUUUAAGGGAAGCUUUAAAAUUAGGAGGGACUUCAGCUUUUGAUUUUAUUAAUCCCUUGGCUCAAAAAG